UCAAGAUUACAAGCACAUCGCUACAAUCUGUCAAGGCUAACGUGCUAGAAAACCAUUAUAAAUUACUUUGAUUUACUGCUGAGGAUCUGAAGAUGUAAAAAUAAAUGUCGUAAAUUGGCAACGGGUAACCCAGUUCUACAAUGGAUCCAACAAAUGUAACCUUGGAUUUCUUCAACGGGUCCACCUAUGGGACCCAGUCAGUCGGGGACUCCUGCAAUGUCACUAGCACCGACCUUGACCUUACCUGUAACAUGAUGAACGUCACCAUGAGCGUCCUGGGCGAUGAGGAAUUUACAUUGGUCUUUCGUAGGGGAGAUGAAUCUGGCGAACUAGAAGAGCUUGAAGAAGCAAGAAAACUAAACAGCAUCAACUCCUAUAUUCGAACCUACUACCUGUACGUGCUCUGUUUUCUCGGCGUGCCUACUAAUGUGAUGACCGUCAUAACAAUCCUAACGAUGCAGGCCAUGAGUCCAGCCACCUUCUACGUCGCUACAUUGGCAUUCUGCGACGGCAGCGCGUUGGUAUGCAAGCUCCUGCUCAACCAGCUAACAGAACGAAAAGUGAAUAUCGGUACUGUUGGGUGUGUGGCCGAAUUCCUGCCCAUGUACCUGUCGUCCCUGGCCAACUGGGUACUGGCCCUCAUAUGCACGGAGCGGUUCGUCUCAGUCUGCUACCCGCUCAAGAAAAGCUACAUCUUCACCAAACGGAGGAGCUACAUCAGCAUUGGUGUCACAUCUUUUGUUCUUCUUGUUCCUUUCUUAGGAGUUUUUGCUGUAAUGCGCGAUUAUACCCAUAAGGAAAUGUUGUGCUCGACCAAGUCAGAAUAUCAGUGGUUUUGGACGUAUGUCUUUUUCUGGAUGCAAGCUAUCCUGAUUGUGUUUUUUCCAUUUGUCGUGAUAUUCAUCUCCACGUGCGCUAUUGUCAGAGGACUACGACUGUCAAGAAAAGCGCGACGGACAAUCUUAAGAAAUUCCAUCGUUAAAAAUCCUCACAGGAAACACGAGAUGACUAACGCCAACAACGAGAGACUUGUUGCCGAGACGGAGCGAGCUGAGAGGAAUAUCACCGCCAUGAUGGUUCUCGCUGCCGUUCUCUUCCUCAUCCUCGCUCUACCUUCAUGUGUAUAUUUUGUCAGUCUGAGAGAAAUUCCAGAAAGCCAAGACCUCUCUAAAGCCAAAUGGGGACUCUUUAAAGAAAUCUCGUACGUGCUAAUGGACUCCAAUCAUGCCAUCAACUUUUUCCUUUACUUUUUCACGGCCAAGAGGUUCAGGAAACAGUUCUUUAAGCUGGUCAAGUGUAGGACGCUGCGCAAGUGGUACACCAGACGACACGCCUCAUCGUAUCCAACCAACUUCUCUACCACCAUCAGCCGAGUCAACCACAGCAUCACAGAUGUACAACACGUCAAGGAAAAGAAGAGGAUUAAGAAUUUCGCACACACCAUAUAAGCCAAGUUUUCCCCUCAC